AUGUCCAUCAAGGCCAAGAAGGUGGAGGAGGCUGGCGCCUCCCCCACGCCUCAGGACACCAAGCCCAAGAAGUCGCUGUUCGCUGGCAUCAAGGAUCGGGUAGCUGCUGUGUUCGCGAGCAAUGCUCCCAAAACCGACGAAGAUGGCAACCUGAAGCACCUCUACAAGCCCAAGAUCGCCGAAUCGACGCGGAAACAGCGCGACCGCGCUCUGCUGCUCUGGGACAGAUACAUGCAAGAGUGUCAUGCCGGCGUCAAUGCCGACAAUGUCUGGGUCGACCUCUGCCGGGGCUGUCCCGUCGCCAUCCAGCACUGCUGCACUUUCCUCGAGAUCCACGUCGAGGUGUCCAAGGUGACGCGGGUCGUGCUGGACGACAGAGAGGAGGUAGAGGAGCAGGCCAUCAAAUCCGCUCGCUCGCUCAACACCUUCUGGAAGUCCCUCAUCGCUGCUGCCGACGCUGAAGUCCUCCUGCCCAAGCGCGAGUUGAGCCCGUCCAACCACUGCUCCGUCGAUGAGGGGCCUGUGGCCUUGGUCAGCAACUGGAUCUACCACGAGGGCGCCGAGAAAAUGGGUCUGUCCACGAAGCCCGACUACAGCUGCGCGUCAAAAGUCUGGUUCGCUAAGCGAGAACGCGUUUUUACGCGUCAUCCCACACCAAACUUCCACCCACCUACACAAUGCCGCCACGACGUUCUUUUGGGCAAGAAAUAA